AUGUAUGCGCCGCCACCAACGAACGAGAAUGGAGAGGGUGCGACCAACAACGCUGCUCCUACUGAUGCCAACGCUGAAGCAGGACCUUCAACAUCGACCGCCCAACCCGCCCAAUCUGAAGCCACCACCGAGACCGCGAGCAACCCUUCCAGUCGCCACUCCACUCCCUCUGGCAACGACUCUAAUGCUACCAACGCUUCCACUACCAACGAGAACGGCAGCGGUAACGACGCCAAUGCCAAUGCCAACGCCGAGGGAGCUGCCAACCCCCAAAACGAGCAAGACGCCUUUACCAACUUUGCUCGCAGUUUCGCCAACUCGUUGAACAACCCCGCGUUUUUGUUCAGGUUGUUGAUGGGUGCCGCGUUGGCUGGUGGGCCUAUGCCUGGUGGAGGAUUGGGUGCGACGUUCGGUGUGCCUUUGGGUGGUGCUGCUGCUGGAGGUGCUGCCCCUGGUGCAGGAGCAGGUGCGAGAGGACCCAGGACGGAGCAGCCCAAGAAAGACUGGACGCCCCCUCCCGCACCUGGACCUACCCUCCGCCAGCGCGUCGAGAGGCGUGAACGUGAAGCUGGGUUGAGGUGCUGCGAUGUGUCGUGUGGUGUUGGGCCGUCUGAUGAUGACCCGUUUGUGUCGCUGACGGAUGCUGUGAAGCGCCAGUUUUCGAUCCGGCCUAAACCUGCGGAGGGGAGUACGUUGCUUGACGAGGCUGAUACUCUCGCCGCUACCUCCUCCGACCCUUCCUCGACUUCAACCACCCCAUCCACCUCUUCGUCUACCAAUGCCGACGCUGAUGGGAAGACCUCGUCGACUGAAGGCCCGAAACAAAGAGUCGAAGCUGUCUGCCCGCACACGUUCCAUUCGAGUUGUUUGGUGAGUGCGGAGCGUGUUGCGAGUCGUGGUGCGGAUGCUGUGAUGAGGGAUGGUGUUGUGGAGGUUUCGUGUCCUGUUUGUCGGGGUGAGGGGUGUGUGAGUCGGGGGGAUUGGGAGCAGGGUGUUAGGGAUUUGGCGUGAGGGAGGCUACUGUGGGGUAGUCCACGAGGGAGGUUUUUUAACGAAAAAGUGUUUUUUGGGAGUGUUCAUGGGUUUUUUUUUAUAGUCUUUCUGCAUCGUCCGGCUCGUAUUUUGGCAUUUGUUGUUCCGUCUUCAACUUGUACC